AUGACAUUAGCUAAAGCUGCCUCUGUAAAAUUAGAUUGGUCUAAGGUUAUUUCUUCUUUGAAACUGACUGGUAAGACUGCUACUCAAUUAUCCUCUUUUAAGAAGAGAAACGAUGAAGCUAGAAGAAAGUUAUACGAAUUAGAAUCUCAACCAACCUCAGUUGAUUUCAGUCACUACAGAAGCGUUUUGAAGAACACAGCAAUUGUUGAUAAGAUUGAAUCUUACUACAAAGCUUACAAACCAGUAACGAUUGACACCUCUAAACAAUUAUCAACUAUCCAAGCUUUUGAAGCUGAAGCUAUUGAUAAUGCAAAGAGAACCGAAGAGAUGGUUGCUAAGGAAUUGUUGGACUUAAAAGCUACUUUGAAGAACAUUGAAUCUGCUAGACCAUUCGAUGAAUUGACUGUUGAUGAAUUAGUUGCUGCCAAACCAGAAAUUGACGCUAAGGUCGAAGAAAUGGUCAAGAAGGGUAGAUGGGACGUCCCAGGUUACAAAGAGAAGUUCGGUGACUUGACUGUUAUGUAA